GUGCGCUUCGCCACACUCGAAUCUCAUACAAGUGCUGCCUUCACCCCCACCUCGCUAUACUCCCUCCACACCACGCUAAUUUCUUUAUUUGACCGCUCGCUUAGAUCUACGCUCAGCAAUCUCUCGACAUAAGACACCCAAGAUGGUCCAGUCUUCCGGCUCAACCAUGUACGAGAAGCCCAGAGAUAGCGAGCAGACACUGCCGCGUUACUCUGUCGACGGGCUUGAAUCCGGAGCGCCUCUAAUUCCUGGUCAAGAAGAAACACAGCGGCCCCAGCUCACCCUGCCAGAGGAGAACGACACUUCCGACGUAGUCCGAGCCUUUCUUCGCGAUAUUCUAAUUACAUGCAACUACGCCGACGACAAAGAAGCUGAGCAAAUUGCUGCAAAAUGGAAAAUGGGCAAGGGCAAGGAGCUUCGCGCUGAAUCGCCUCAUCUUUUCCGCUCCAUCCUUGGCGAUGAGGCCGGAUGGAUUCUAUACAAGGAAGUCCAAGUUCAGAAGCAUCUCGAGAAGGAGACGAAGAAGCCGAGCAUGGCGCAGAGCACCAAAGUUGCAAUCGCCGCACUGGUUGAUAUCGCCAUCUUCCUCGCCCUCCUCUACCCGACAUUCACUUUCAGCUCAGCGCUCGUGGGCCUAGUUUUCAUACUGUGGUUCUUCGGUAUCAUGAUCAUGCUGGUCCCGAUUGCCAUAGUCGCUGGCACCAAGUCAGAUGUCAAGACUGCUGAGAAAAAUGCCGAAGGCGCUCUCAGGACGUCGUAUCGUUCAUACUGCACAGGUCACUAAUUGGUAGCGCUGGAAGCCCCGCCAUCAGUAUUAUUGGACAUAUACACAUUAAAAUGCUAGAGUAUCUGCUCGCGAGAAUAUUGAAGCCGAAUCUUCCGCCGUAGACAAUAUGGCUUCCAGAUCAUCGUCGAUAGUAGUCAAACUGGAAGCGUCAUCUGUCUCCCAAUGUAUAGUGGCU